CGAGGGGGCAUAUUAUAUAUACACAGAGGUCAAUUCCAAAGUGCUUUGGGAUAAAGCUAUACUUACAACUGAAGCUACAAACUUAGAAGCAUGCCCUCAUUGUCUGUCCUUCAAGUACCAUAUGAGAGGGAAUGGCAUUGGAACAUUAGAAGUAUUUGCUGGGGAUAAAACAUCUCUGCCAGUUCUGACAAGUAUCUGGAAAAAAAAAGGACAACAAACCGCAAAUAUCUUUGUUUGGGACACUGCUACUAUAGACAUACCACACUAUAGUAAUCUUGUUGUCACCAUAGUGGGGGACGUUGGUUUUAGUUCGAGGGGUGAUAUUGCCAUUGAUGAUAUUCUCCUAAAAUCUGGUGCAUGUAAUGCUGGAAAGUAAACAGACAAAAAAAGAACACAUUAGAACCGUAACAAGAAUUCUUCGAUUUUGACAGUUAAUUAUUCAUAACACUGAUUAUGUUAUAUUAACAAAAAUAUUAUGUUACCUUAUAACAGUGGACAAUCCAUUGUAACCAUUGAAUUAGAAUUAAUAAAACUUAUUCAACAAAACUAA